AUGGCGGCGGCGGCGGAGGAGCUGGAGGGGCGGCGGGGACGGGGGUCUCAGCCGGGACCGGGGCCGGGCAGCCCGGCGGGGGUGCGGGCAGGGGGCGAGUGCUCGCCCGGGGGUGGUCGCCGCGUUUUUAGCCCCGCCGGGGAGUUCCGCGAGUUCUCUCGGCGACAGCUGCGCGACAUGGAGAAGCUCUUCCGACAGUACGAUGCAGGAAAGGAUGGCUUCAUUGACCUGAUGGAGCUGAAGCUGAUGAUGGAAAAGCUGGGGGCACCACAGACACACUUGGGCUUGAAGAACAUGAUCAAGGAAGUGGAUGAAGACCUGGACAGCAAGCUCAGCUUUCGGGAGUUCCUGCUGAUUUUUCGGAAGGCAGCAGCAGGUGAGCUGCAGGAGGACAGUGGGCUGCAUGCCCUGGCCCGGCUCUCUGAGAUUGAUGUCUCCACGGAGGGGGUGAAGGGUGCCAAGAACUUCUUUGAGGCCAAGGUGCAGGCCAUCCAUGAUGCCAGCCGCUUUGAGGAGGAGAUCAAGGCAGAGCAGGAGGAGAAGAAGAAGCAGGCAGAGGAGCUGAAGCAGAGGAAAGCAGCCUUCAAGGAGCUGCAGUCCACCUUCAAGCAGUGACGGGGGCGUGCGGUGCCGGGAACGCCACGUGUGCCACGUGUCGGGGGCCAUGCCCAGAACCCUGCGGUGCCUGUGACUGCCCAGGCUGCCUGUGGGCUCUGGGGCAGAGCCUGGUGGUCCCCAGCUCCUCCCUCCUUGCUGUGGUGUCCGUAGGUGUUGUUUGUGCCCCCAACAUCUCCUCCAUCACCGAGUUGCUCCUUCCCGGCGGGGCAGCAGCACCCUGUUCCCUGCCCACCAUCAUGCCAGGUGUUGCUGCCACCAAGUCCUGGGGGAACUGUGCCUGGAUGUCUGUCCCCCGGCACAUCUGUCCCCCAGGAUGUCUGUCCCCAAGGCUGUCUGUCCUCCACAUCACAUGUCAUGCAUGUGUUCCCAGGUUGUCACGGUGGCCAUGCCAGCUUGGGGCCAGUUGGCAUUGCUGGUGUAUCCUGUCCCUAUGGCCAUGUCAAAACCAUGGGCCAGGUCCCAGCAGAGGGACCUUUGUGUGUGUGUGUGUGUGUGUGUGUGUGUGUGUGUGUGUGUGUGCGCCUGCCUGGGGUC